AUGUCUUCAAUGCAUCUCAAUCUCGUACCCCCGGUGGUGGAGGCAGGUCACGUUGAAGACUUGAUAAAGGCAGGAGAAACCAUUUCGGCGUCGUAUUCACCAGUUGGAAACUCGUUGGCCGUGUUUCUGACGACAUCGACAGAUGCCCAAGGGCCCAGAAAAGAAAACACUGACGAAGAAAUUCCACUUUACUUCGCCAGCACAGAUGCGGCUCCAACGUCUGAGAGACGUUUGUUCAUUACCGACACCAUUGUAAUUUUUUCGGCCUUCCAGUCCUUGUACCAAGAUCGAAUCGCUGGCAAUCCCCAAUGGAUGCAAGAUACCGAGACACUCUCAGUCGUUCGCAAACUCUCAAUCGAUUAUGUUAAUUUCAUUCGAGAAUACUGGACACGCUUAUCCUCCUCAUGUUUUUCUCAGGAUCGCACAGCAGUUGCAUCACCCUUGCAAUUCACCGUUGAUCAUUAUAGAUCCUUGUUCUCGUGCUUUUCAUUAUUUGUCAUCAUCUUCCUUCCUGAGCCCGAUUAUGAAGAUGCCCCGGUGGGAGAAGAGCUCAUGGAGUGGUUGAACAUCCAUUUCAUUGAACCGUCAACCGAAGAAGGAGACCACUUGAGUAGUCUCGAUCGUCCUUGGGAGGAUGACAAUUUCUGGUCAUAUCUAACAAGAGCUACCAUCCGCGGCCUCACAAAGGCCUCCGUGUUUUUCUUGAAAUCACUUUCCGAUCAUCCCUCUGAAUAUUUGCAUGAUCUAACUCAAGUGCUCAUACCCUUGAUCGACGGACAACCUCGGCUGCUGAAUUUUAGUGCUGAGCGUGAUUUCGCCUUUGCAUCGCGACGAUGGAGAGAGAAAGUCCACUCUCUGAGGGUCGAAAUGGACCGUGUUCCUGAAGAGGACCGUGAGGAUGACUUCGAUAACUGGUGGGAUCGCCUCAGCGAUAUCGUGGGCAUUCUCGAGGGUCGCGUGGACGUUCUCAAACGAGUAUGUGAAGAACUAGGCAGUGACUGGAAAGAAGUGUGCGCUGCUUGGGGUAUUUUUGUGGAUACCCGUUUACGAAGGCAGGAUCUCCCUGAUAUUGUUGCAGAAGUUCUCGAGUCGAUGCCUCCUGACCCUACCGUUUUGGAAGACAUGGUUCAUUCAGCCCUGUUUUCAGCGCAGAUGGAUCAGGCACUGUCGUAUGCGUCGCAGCUUGAUCGAUGGCUAGCAGCACACUUAGCAGAUCUAAUGGCCCCAAUUUCACUUAUCGAAACUGAUGUAGAGGAAGAAUCUGAGUUGUCCAAGCGUGACCAACACGUCUUGGCUUACGCCGAAUACCUCCUUUCCGACCCCACUUUAUGGCGAAUCACACUUGCCUAUAUGUAUUCCUGUGGAAACGUAGGAAAGGAGCGCGGAGACGAGGUCUUGAUGAGGGUUCCGUUACGCUUACAAGAGCAGAAGGCCGCUGAGAAUCGAGGGGAAAUGGAAGGCAUUGUAGGCACAUUACGAGACUUGAAUCAAGUUUGUUUCGAGUUCCAGAGGGAGGCGGCCCGGAGGGCCAUUUGCCGGAUCGCUGCUCAAAGCUUCGCCAGCGGAAAGGAUUACGCUCUUGCGAUCUCUUAUUCGAUAUCUGCAGAAGAUUGGUUUGGGUUAGGACGUAUUAUUGAUCGUCUGCUCGAAGAAUAUAUUCUCAGCGGUCCACAGGUUUUUGCUCGAUUUGCUUCGGAAAUUGCCCCUUCCUUGCAUGGGAUUGGAGCACGUACUGGAUUGCAAGGCGUGUUCAUACAUCGGCUCAUGUUCGUCGUGAGAUAUUCUCAAUUUCAUCAGUUACGCCUACAGCAUGAAUUUCGAGAUGCCGCCUCGGAUCUUGUCGUCCUUUUCCGUGAUGACGUUGCACCGAAAUCAUGGUGGGCGAUAUUACUCUGUGAUUCGGUGGAAUUGCUACAGCAUGGUCCUACCCUGCUAUUUUCUCCUUCAAGUGCAGCUGAGUUAUUGAAAAGGUUGGAAGAAAUUUCCAUUCGAACGAGUCAAGGAUCGGGUCAGGACUAUCUAGGUGUCUUGCUGAGACGAAUGAAGGGGGGAGGGGAGAAAGAAGCUCUAGAGCACAUGAAGACAGUGCGGCUGGCCCUGGCCAAGUAUUUCGCCCGAUGUGCUAUAGCUGGAUUCGAAGGGGACGGGGUACCGAAUUUGUGA